AUGACCAUGAUUUGCUGAUGUGAUAAAAGAACAAGGUAGCACGCAGUAAUUAUUCUCAUCCAUUAAUUUCACAUCAUAUAGUUUACGAUCACAUGCAUCAAAAUAAUCUAAACUGUUCAUUAUAAUCAGACAACCGAUACGGUUAUCCGUUUCCCAUUAAACAUAGUACAAAAGCACAUUGGUCAUAAUAAAGACACACACUCAUUCCCCUGUUUGCUCUGUUUUAGUUCAACAUGACCAAUCAAAAUCCUCUCCCUCUCUAUGACAAAAUUUUGGUAAAGUAUACAUUUUCAAGAGUGGUGGAUUCAAUCACUUUGCUCUUCCUUAUCUUGCUUCUUGGUUACCGUAUUUCCUAUAGCAACAUUUAUACAUUCCCCUGUUUUGUUGCUCUGUUUUGUGAGUCAUGGUUUACCUUCACUUGGAUUCUCACCAUGAACCUCAAAUGGAAUCCAGCAUAUACCAUAACCCACCUAGACCGUCUCUUGCUCAGGGAAGACGAGCUUCCACCAUUGGAUUUGUUUGUGACAACAGCAGAUCCUGUUCUUGAACCACCAAUCAUCACUGUGAACACAGUGUUGUCUCUGUUGGCACUUGAUUAUCCAGUUAAUAAAUUAGCUUGCUAUGUUUCUGAUGAUGGUUGUUCCCCUCUCACAUAUUAUGCCAUUGUUGAAGCCUCUAAAUUUGCCAAGGUUUGGGUACCUUUUUGUAAGAAAUACAAUGUGCAAAUUAGAGCACCUUUUAGGUAUUUCUCUGAUGAGAAUCUUGUUAGCAACAGAGAAGAGUCACCAGAAUUUUAUCAAGAUUGGUUAAGAAUGAAGGAGGAAUAUGGGAACCUCAAGAAUAAAAUUGAGAAUACAGAACAAAAUUCACUUCCUCUUAUAGGAGAGUUUGCUAUUUUUUCAAAUGCAAAACAGAGAAAUCAUUCAACCAUAAUCAAGGUGAUAUGGGAGAACAAGAGCAAGGAAAAUCAUCUAGAUGGCUUGCCUCACUUAAUCUACAUAUCUAGAGAGAAGAAGCCUCAACAUCCACAUCAUUACAAGGCUGGUGCUAUGAAUGUGCUUACAAGAGUCUCUGGUUUGAUGACAAAUGCUCCUUUCAUCUUGAACUUAGAUUGUGACAUGCAUGUCAACAAUCCAAAAAUUGCUCUACAUGCCUUAUGCGUUUUGUUAGAUUCAAAAGGAGAAAAGGAAGUAGCAUUUGCACAAUGUCCCCAACAAUUCUAUGAUGGAUUAAAAGAUGAUCCUUUCGGAAAUCAGCUUACUACAUUGUUUCUGUACAUAGGGGGCGGAUUUGGAGGACUUCAAGGAAUGAUAUACGCAGGAACAAAUUGCUUCCAUAGAAGAAAAGUAAUUUAUGGCCUUUAUGCUGCUGAUCAAGACAUUCAAAAUGGAAAGAAGGGUUGGAAUGAGAGUGUUUUAGAAAUGAAAAUGGUAUUUGGAACUUCAAAGAGGUUUGUGGAAUCAGCUAGUCAAGCAUUGGAAGGAAAAAUAUUUGCUCCUAAAGAUAACCUUUGUAACUAUCUUGAGGCAGCAAAAAAAGUUUCUAGUUGUGGAUAUGAAGACAACACUGCCUGGGGUAAAAAGGCAGGUUGGAUAUAUGGAUCAACAUCAGAGGAUAUACUUACUGGGUUGGACAUCCAUACAAGAGGAUGGAGAUCUGAAAUAUGCUCACCAGAUCCAAUUGCCUUUAGGGGAUGCUCACCUCAAGAUAACAUAGUAUCUUUGAUUCAACAGAAAAGGUGGGCCUCAGGGUUAACUGAUAUUCUACUCAGCAAGCAUAAUCCAAUAUUGGGCUUUCUCUGUGGUAAGCUCCAAUUUAGAGAGGCUUUGGGCUAUGUUUGGCUCUUAUGUUGGGGCUUAAGAUCAGUACCUGAAAUUUGCUAUGCUGCUCUACCUGCCUAUUGCAUUCUUACUAACUCCAGCUUCUUGCCUGAGAAACUUUGGAUACAUGGUGCUUUGUUUGUGACUUACAACAUAUCUACUCUAUCUGAGUCCUUAAGAACAGGGUUGUCAAUUAAAACAUGGUGGAACACUCAAAAAAUGAUGAGAAUUACAACCAUGAGUGGUUGGUUUUUUGGAUUUUUGGCCAUCUUACUAAAAAAAUUAAGGAUAUCUGAACCUAUCUUUGAAAUAACAAAGAAAGAACAAUCAUCAACUUCUUUUGAUGGAGCUAACCAAAAUAGUGGUAGGUUUAGUUUCAAUGAGUCUCCAAUUUUUCUACCUAGUACAACAAUAUUGUUUGUUCAACUCAUAGCAUUGGGUACUUGCUUAUUUGGAUGGGCCCAACAUGUUAGAAGUGGGCUUGGAUAUGGGCUUGGAGAAGUGUUAUGUAGUGCUUAUUUGGUUGCAUGUUAUUGGCCAUUUUUGAAAGGGUUGUUUGGGACUGGAAAGCAUGGGAUUCCCUUAUCUACAAUAAUCAAGUCAACAAUGUUGACUUUUCUUUUUGUGCAUUUUUGCAAACUUACCAUUAUAGUGUGAUCAUGUUCAUUUGGUUGUUAGUCAAAAAUAUAUAUAUCCAUUUGAUUGUAUUGAAUGUAUUAAACUGUUAAAUUACCGUUACAAUAAUUCUAGAAAAGUUUAUGAUAUGUUGUUGAA